AUGAAAUCAUUGUAUUCUAUAUUUGUUCAUACGAAAGGACUUUGGUCUAAUAAUACAACACAUUCAAAUAGUAUAUGUGCGCCCUUUGAUUUAGAGCAUUGUCCGACUGUUUCGUUGGAGAGCGAAGUGGAUCAAUAUCUAAAACUUAAAUCUCCGAUUGAUCAAUUAGUUAUGAUUUUACAGAAUUCUAGUUUCGACAAGGUAAUAGAUACAGAAAAGGAUAAAGAUGCUACAUUUAAUGUUAAACCAAUUGCAGUUUAUAAUAAAUAUCUCGAGCAUAUAACUACCUCUAGACCAUGUAAACAUACUGUAACCUGUUUCAAAGGGUUUGCACCUGGCAUUAGAUGGGAUCCUAAACAUAUAAUAGAAUGUGAUUCAGUAAAUGAAAUUACAAGUAAAUUUAAUUAUAAAGAUGAUAUACCAGAUGAAACAAAAAUAGAAAAAACAAUUGAUCUUGGAAUUGGAACAUACACGAUAUAUCAAACAGUCAUUGUCUAUGGUAUUAAAGUUAAAGAUCCACGAGUAUACUAUCUCAAUCCUCCAGUUUAUCGAGACGACAUAUUUGCAACACCAACCAAAAAUGCAAUCUACGAACCUGUUAACUUUUUUGGUACAGUUGUGAAAUAUUUCGAUGGAAAAGAUUAUGCACCAACUCUAGUUUGUUACAAAACUUUAUUUAAUUUCAAUUUAUUCGAGAAUAAUGACCAGGAUCAAAAAGAUUUAGAUACAUGUGAAGUUAUUUCUUCUGAAUAUGGAGUAGAUAAGAAUUUAAAGAUGAAAUCACCAAUUGAUCAUUUUGUAAUGAUUGAUUCCAAAUUUAGUUUAGGUAAAAAAUUGGAUGAUAAUCCAGAUGUAUCAUACUAUGUUAAACCAAUAGCUGUAUAUAAUAAAUACAUUGAUUUUGUAACAACUCAAACACCAUGUCAACACAAGGUGACCUAUUUCAAAGGUUUUCCUCCUGGUUUUGGUUGGUUUCCAGAAUUUAUCCAAGAAUGUGAUUUAGAUAAUGAAAUAACAAAUAAAUUUAAUCAGGAUGAUAUACCAAAAGAAACAAAGAUCUAUACGACUGUCGAUAUUGGAGUUGGAACCUACACAAUUUUUCAAACAGUCAUUGUCUAUGGAGUCAAAGUAGAUGAUCAAUCAGGUGAUUAUACUCAAGUCAUUCCAGUAUACAGAAACGAUGUAUUUGCAACUCUUUCAAAUAUGGUUGACAGUGAACCAUUUUCAAAUUCUCAAGUAGUAACAUACUUGGAAAAAAAAGGUUCGAGUAGAUGGCAAGAAUCAAAUAAAUAA